AUGGCCGAUCAUUCCCGUGCCCAGACCGUGUCGGAAAACCGCCGUGAGCGAGAGACCUUUAGAUACGACUCCUCCCUCAUUUCCCAAGCUACCUACAACGAUGCCACCAACUUGAUUCCGCCAGCAGAGCUGCGCUCCUCCCCGGACCCAGCCCUGACAGCCUUUGCAGAGCUCGGCGUUCUACGGCUCAAUGCCAGCCGUGCUCUCAUCUCGCUGUUUGACACCAAGUAUCAGUACAUUGUUGCCGAGGCCACCCCGUCUCUGUCGCUGACGCCCAAAACCAAGCCCAUAGGUCUUGGUCCUGGGGAGCAUCUGCUGCUCUCCGGUACAGCCCUGCCGCGCUCCUCUGGUAUGUGCGAGCUUGUCCUCUCCGCCCCGGAGCCCUCUGAUCACGCGUCUUGGCAGAACGCCGAACUGCCAGUGACAGUGAUCCCCGAUCUUUCAAAAGACCCCAGGACGGCAGGAAGACACCUCUGUCUCAAUUCACCAGCGAACCGCUUCUAUGCCGGUGUGCCCCUCCGUUCACAAAAGGGCAUCAAUAUCGGCGUCUUUGCCGUGCUUGGGGAUACCUCUCGCGAGGGGCUCGACGACGUAUCGACGCGCCUCAUGCAGGACAUUUCCCUCGUCAUUGUCGACUAUCUGGACGCGAAACGUAACAAAGACGACCAUCGACGUGCCGAUAGAAUGGUCCGCGGCGUCGGUAGUUUCAUCGAAGGCAAGAGCACCAUGUCUGGUUGGAGGCUGGGGAAUAACCCGAGUUCAUUCUACGACCACCCCUCCCUCGAAGGCGGUCUCAACAAGAACCAGCAGCACAUCCAGCAGGAAGACGAAUUGGUCACAGCCAAUGCUUCCCCUCAACAGCUAGAAGCAUCUCUGAGUGAUUGGAGGGAAUCGAGACAGUACCUGAAGGCGACAGGGACCCAUCGGCAGACGGGCGAUGAAGCGUUUGUGCCGUCUGUCUCCGGCGAGUCCUUGACAAGCGCUCGAACCGCUCCAGACGGCUCAGUGCACGAAGAUAGGGACUCUCACGAAUCUCAGCUGCUCCACAUCUUCUCAAAGGCAUCCAACAUCGUUCGUGAAGCCAUCGAGGUCGAGAGCGUCUUGUUCUUGGAUGCCACUAUUGGCUCGUUUGGUGGCUUAUCCGAAUCCAAAUCUGUCCAUGUCACGUCGACGGGAGCCAAAUCGCCGUCGUCGUCGAGCGACGAAAGGAGUAGCUCAGGCACAGGGGGCAGUGACCAUAGUUCCGUCAGCCGCGAAGAAGCCACCUGUCGCGUGUUGGGUUUCUCAAGCUCGGCCGUAUCAAGCAUCGACGGUGACCUGCCUUCCCAAAGCCAGUCCUCCAUAUCCGAGAAGUUUCUCGCCAAGCUACUACGACGCUAUCCUGAGGGCAAGAUAUUCAAUUUCGACGAGAACGGUACCAUCCAGUCCAGCGACUUUUCUGGCGACGAUCACAGCUUGGUCGUGCAGACGCCCGUUGAUAAUACACCCGAGUCUCCACUAACACCGACUGAAAACAAACGUAAAAGUCGCAGGCGACCCAAGAAUCCGUUUUCGAGGCGCAACGAAGGAAAGCUUCUCGGCGGUAUCUUCUCGGGCGCGCGGAGCAUUGCGCUGGUCCCCCUUUGGAACGCCCAGAAGCAACGUUGGCACGCCGGGGGUUUCGUCUGCACCAAAACCCCCACGCGGGUUCUCACCAUUGAGGGUGAGCUCAGCUAUCUCCGGGCGUUUGCGGCGGCCAUAAUGUCCGAAGUUCAUCGCCUCGACUCGAUGCUGGUGGACAAAGCCAAGACGGACCUCCUGAGCUCCCUUUCUCACGAACUCAGAUCGCCGCUGCACGGUAUCAUCCUCGGCUUGGAAUUGCUUCACGAUACGCCCCUAGAUGCAUUUCAGGGCGAAACGCUCGUAUCGAUCGAGAAUUGCGGACGCACCCUCUUGGAGACCAUUGAUCACCUUCUGGACUGGAGCAAGAUCAACAACUUCAUCGGCCCGUCGAAGCGUCGAAGCAGCACUGCUGAGGUCGGCGACAGAGGUCUCAGGAACCGUGACCAGAAGAUUAGCAUCGAGUCCGGCAUGAUGAGCAUUACAUCCAACGUGGACGUUGAUGUUCUAGCUGAAGAGGUCGUUGAGAGCAUCUGCGCCGGGUUCAGCUACCAACGGGUGUCUGUUGCCCAGCUGGCCAGCAACCGACCGGGCCAGCACGCGGAUUCGAGUGCGAUACGCAGGCUUGACAGCAUGCAGGCGAUGGAAGACAUGGCUUCGGGAACAGACAAACUCGGUGACUUGGAGCUCGUCCUAGGCGACGUGUCUGUGACGUUCGACGUCAGUCCUGCGGCAUCAUGGCGCUACCAUACUCAGCCUGGCGCGAUCCGGCGGAUCAUAAUGAAUCUGCUGGGCAACUCACUAAAGUACACGAGCAAGGGGUUCGUCAAUGUCUGCGUGUCUCAGAUAAAGAAGAAGGAGGAGGGCCCCUCGGACGCCGCCAAGAUCCAGAUCGAUGUGGUAGAUUCUGGGCGAGGCAUUAGCGAGGACUACCUUCGAAAUCAUCUCUUCUCUCCUUUUGCGCAGGAAGAUAACCUGUCUGCCGGAACUGGCCUGGGCCUAAGCUUGGUUAAUCAGAUCGUCGCUAAGCUGCGCGGGUCCAUCCAAGUUUGGAGCAAGGUUGGCCGUGGGACCAGAGUGACGGUGCAGCUCCCACUGCAGGCUGCUGUCCUGACAUCGCCAGGAAUCGGCCAUACAGGCACCGUUGGUUUUGACGACUUCCAGGCAUCCGUGAGCGAGCUCGGAGGUCUCCGAGUUAAGCUCCUCGGCUUUCCAGAUGACUACGGAGUUCAGUCGGUUGGCGACUUGUCGAGCCACACGCCAAGCGAGGGCGAGUUGGUGGCGAAAAUCUGCAGGGAGUGGCUCAAAAUGCACAUCAUUGGCCAAGCUUCGGAGGAACAGCUCCUCCCCGACUUGGUCUUAUCCAAUGAACGACACCUGAAUCGGCUCCUGUCUGAACGACGCCAAGGCGCGAUAUCCACACCCGUCGUGGUAAUUUGUCGGAACGCUCUGAUUGCGCGGCAGCUAGCGACAUCGCCGCGGUUCAAUGGCACGCGCGUUUUCUUCGAGUUCAUCUCGCAGCCCAUUGGCCCGAGAAAGCUGGCCAAGGUCUUGCUGCUGAGCUUAAGACGGUGGACUCGAACACAGGCUGGUGCCAUUCCGACGCCUACACAAUUAUCUCUGACGAGUGAGAAUCGGUCAAACCUCAACGAUGCUGCACCUACCGGUCAAGGCAUAGGGAGCAGUGCCAACGUAGGAAGCACGGAGGCUCUGCCGGAACUUCCCAGUGAGGACGAGUCGAAGCCCGACAAGCACGGAGGUAGCGACCAGGCAAAGGCAUCGGGGCUCGGCGAGGACAGCCAAACAGAGGGAUCCAAGGAAAGUCAUGUGUCGGGUGCUGCAGAGGAUAUCGCGCUUCCAGAUCGACCGAAGCGAGAGCAAACACCCGCCUCGGACUCCAAAAGCGGCGAGCGAUCGAGAAAAGACCGUAAAAGUCGACAAAAGUUCCUGUUGGUGGAUGACAAUGCGCUCAAUCUGAAGAUACUAGCAUCCUACAUGAAGAAACUGGGGUAUGAGUUUCAGAAUGCCACGGACGGACGAGAAGCCCUGGAUAUAUUCCGCAAGGCUGGUGGGGGGUUCCAGUUUGUUCUCAUGGACAUCUCGAUGCCCAUCAUGGAUGGAUUCGAGGCGACGCGCCGUAUCCGCGCCCUCGAGAUGGAGCAGGGCCUAACGCGCUGCCACAUCUUUGCGCUCACGGGCCUUGCGUCAGCGAGCGCGCAGCAAGAGGCGUUUGCCAGUGGCAUCGACUUAUUCCUUACGAAACCUGUGCGGUUGAAAGAGCUUAGCAAGAUCCUGGAGACGAAGGGGGUCUCGUAA